CUUGUAUCAACUUUCAUAUUCUGAUAUUCACCAAAACUCCUAUCCAAAACCAAUUUCAAAAAUAUGAAUUGCCUUAUGUUCUCCAAAAUGCUAUUAGCAUUCUCUUUGGUUAGUCUAUUUUAUGUUGGUAAUGCACAACAAUCAUAUGGCAAUUCAACGGUUUCGGCACUUUUCGCUUUUGGAGACUCAAUACUUGACACAGGCAACAAUAAUCUUCUUCCAAGUUUUUCUAAAGUCAAUUUUUAUCCAUACGGUAGAGACUUUAUAGGUGGAGUAGCUACCGGGAGAUUUGGAAAUGGGAGAGUUUUUUCUGAUAUGAUUGCUGAAGGUUUGGGAUUGAAGAAUAUCUUACCAGCAUAUCGUGAUCCAUACCUCUCUGACAAUGAUCUAACGACUGGUGUUUGUUUUGCAUCCGGUGGAUCUGGACUUGAUGCAAUCACUGCAAGAACAACUGGAAGUAUAUGGGUGUCAGACCAGGUCACAGACUUCCAAAACUACAUCACCAGACUAAAUGGUGUAGUAGGAAAUCAAGAACAAGCAAAUGCAAUUAUAUCAAAUGCUGUUUACCUAAUCUCCGCCGGAAAUAACGAUAUUGCUAUCACUUAUUUUACUACGGGGGCUAGAAGAUUACAAUACACUCUUCCAGCCUACAAUGAUCAAUUGGUCACUUGGACUCGUGAUCUCAUAAAGAGUUUAUAUGAUCUGGGUGCUAGAAAAUUUGCGGUUAUGGGAACAUUACCGCUAGGUUGUUUACCAGGAGCAAGAACCUUAGAUAGAGUAAUAUGUGAACUCUUCUCAAAUCAAGCAGCUGCUAUGUUCAACCAACAAUUAUCUGCCGACAUUGACAAUCUUGGUGCAACAUUUCCGGGUGCCAAAUUCGUAUACGUAGAUAUGUACAAUCCUCUUUAUGGUCUCAUCAGUAACCCUCAAGCUUCAGGGUUCAUUGAUGCAGCUGAUGCUUGUUGUUGUACGCCAACGGCCUUAGUACCGUGCCCGGAUGCGUCUCGUUUUGUGUUUUGGGAUGUUGCCCAUCCGACCCAGAAGUCAUACGAAACUAUCGCACCACCGAUUAUUGAAAAUAUCAAAGCAAAGCUGGCAUGAUCAUGUUAUCAAGCUCUUUUGUUUUGAUAAUCAGUUAUCAAGCUUUUUAGAUUGUUUUUGUUUCCUUUUCUUUCGGCAAGCUUUUUAGAUUGUCAUAAUUAAAUAUCGAUCAGUAUG